GGCAGGGGGCGCCGGCGCCCUCCACCGCGCGGCGAGAGGUCGCGUGGGACUGAGUGGAGGGGCGACGCUCGAUGCUAUCUCUGGGGGCGGGGCCGUCCUUUCCGGCCGUCGUGAAGGAUGCAAAGAGAAUAUGUGCAUUGGGAACUGGGCUGAAUUAGGAAGUCAGGAAAUUGGGAUGAGUCUUUUCUCAUGAAACACUAUGCCUGCAAUGGAUACUUGAAGGUUAGCAGCUUCUAAGGUGCUUUUUUUAGUGUAGUCAUUUUCAUAACCACUUAUGUGGUUUGAGUGGUUAUUCCUUAACUUUCUCUAUGACCAAGGGAAUUGUUCUCAUCGGUAUAAGUGGUGUGUGUGUGUGGGGGGGGGGGCAGUACUGCUGUGCCACUAAUUAAGUUAAUAGGUAAAUAAACAAACUGUAUUCUUGGUCUAAGCAGCCCUGUAUGCUCACUUAGUCAUAUAGUUAUUAUUCCUUAUUUCACAUAGAAGUCCUAUACUCUCUCUUUUCUCUCUUUUCACCCUUACUCUGAAAAUUAAUGUAAAAUACUUAUCUUCUCAUUGAAAGUGAGUGGUAGAAAUCAAAUGGGGAAGAUAGUGGUGAUUAAAUUUGAUAGAAAUUCCGUAAUUUGAAAUGAAUUGCAAGGUUACUAGUAUUACCUAUUUCCCUCACCUAUUGCAUAAAAUGCCCAGUUAUCAUCCAGCCUCAGAUGUUUUCAUUUUAAAUCUCCAUAGGACACAAAAGCAAUGUCAAAUAUAAAUUUGCUACUGAAUCUUUGCUAAAAAGUAUAAGGAUAGUUAUGAAUCAUUUGGUUUAAUCAUGUGUCUUUGGAUCUCUAUUACACUAAUGACUUCCUAGACCACCUCAUAGGCUUUAUAUAGAAGUUUAAAUAGAAAAAAACAAAAAGAAUGUAUGUAUAAUCUGGUAUUCUUUUCACACUGUUAAAAGAAAGUUUUUCAAUGCUUUGCCUAAACAAUUAGAGAAAUGUGACUAGGAAAUUUCCUGGUCCUAGAUGUUUCUGUCAUGUGAGGACAGAUCAUCUGUGACUGAACAUCACCUUUUUUUUUUUUUUUUUUUUUACUGUUCUUAUGAGUUCUGCAUCUCCUGCACAGUAUGAUUCAGCAGUAAUGUUUGGCACAAGGAAUUUCUACGGAAGGAAAUGCCAGAUCAAGACACAAGUUGAGUCCAAAAGCUGAUGUCAAACUUAAGACUUCCAAGGUUACUGCUGCUUCAGUCUCCAUGGAGUCUUUAAAAGGUGCAGGAGACUCGGUAGAUGAACAGAAUUUCUGCAAGGGAGGAAUAAAGAGUGCAUCAUUGAAGGAUUUAUGUCUCGAAGACAAAAGACGCAUUGCAAAUUUAAUUAAAGAACUGGCCAGAGUAAGUGAAGAAAAGGAAGUGACAGAAGAACGACUCCGAGCUGAGCAGGAAUCAUUUGAGAAGAAGAUCAGGCAGUUGGAGGAACAGAAUGAACUGAUCAUCAAAGAAAGGGAAGCUCUUCAGCUACAAUAUAGAGAAUGCCAAGAACUUCUCAGUCUCUAUCAGAAAUACCUAUCAGAACAGCAGGAGAAGCUCACCAUGUCCCUCUCAGAACUUGGUGCUACUGGAAUGCAGGAACCACAGGUAUCCAAUAGGAAGAGCACUCUUCGGUCUUCAGGUAUGGAACUGGAUGGCUCCUACUUGAGUGUAGCCAAAUCACAAACCUGCUAUCAAACCAAGCAGAGGCCUAUGUCUGCAAUCCAAGACUCCGCUUCAGAAUCCCUUGUGGAGUUUAAGAGUAAUUCUUUGAAGCCAGCAGAUUUUCAUUGUCCUAAAGAGGACCAAGACAGGGUGCCAUUAGAGACCAGAACAUGUGAUUAUGGAUCCCCAGGGAGAAAACUAGUAGACGCAGUCCCUACAGAGAAAGCCCCACCAGCGGAAUUGAAGAUGAAACAAUGCCAACACCUGAAGCCUUCUCCAUCCAGUCAGUGUUGUGGUCAUAGACUUUCUGAAAAUGAAGAUCAUGUUCAUGAAAGUCAUUCUACGCACAUGGCCCCUCAAUAUUCCAAAACACAUCUGGAAUCAUGCAAUAAUUGUGGGCUUUCCUGGGCAUCCCUGCUGCAUGGUCAAGGAACACAGCAGGCUAGUGAAACUGAUGUCAGAAAGCAACUCUCGGAAAAUAGAAGGCAGCAACUUAUGCUUCAGAAAAUGGAGCUGGAAAUUGAAAAAGAGCGCCUUCAGCAUCUGCUGACCCAGCAGGAGACAAAGCUUCUUCUGAAACAGCAGCAGCUUCAUCAGUCUCGACUGGAUUAUAAUUGGUUAAGAAAUCAAGCUGUAUUUAAGUCAAGAGAACUCGCUGCAAAAGAGUUUACUAAACCCCGAGAACUCAAUCUGGAUAUGAAUGGGGAUGACUCUGGACCAAGUUUAUUGAAGUCAAAAUAUGCUGACUGGCUGCUGGGAGCAUCAUCAUCCAUCAAAAAGUACCAGGAGUCCACUAACAGUGGUGAAAAUAGAAGGGAGAAGAAGACAGUUGGGUUUCAAUCACAAACAGAAGAUAAUGCCCUAUGGACAUGUCAAAAGAAAGAUGCAUAUCGACCCCAAAGAGGGACAUUGGCAGGAAUUAGAAAAGAUGCGUCCACAUCUCCUAUGACAACAGGAAGCCAAAAGGAGCUUGUAAUCACAACCACAUCAUCACUGCAGCAUGACACUUCCCGGUAUGAGACCUCUCUGUUGGAUUUGGUUCAGUCUCUGAGUCCAAAGUCUGCUCCCAAACCUCAGCCCCAUCCCUCCAGAGAAGCUGGGGCCUGGAAUCACAGUACUUGCCGAUUUAGUCCUCGAAAAUCAAUCUGGAACAAGGUGGGGGCAGGCAGGACCCCUGAAGACCUGGAGGAGAAUCAAAUUCUGGAAGAUAUCUUUUUCAUUUGACAUUGAAACACAUGCUACAAAAUUUCCAUCAGAAAUGUGUGGGCUUCUUUAUGUACUGAUCUAGGGUGUUAAAUUAUUUGAUGGCAAAGUAACCGUGUCUCUCCCAUACUAGCAUCCUGUUGUGUAUUGAACACAGAAAUCAUUCUACGAACCCGGAGUGGUUUUGGUCAGACCAAUCAGUAGGUAACACAUUAAGGGGUUAUGGGGGUGGAGGGUAGUAUCUUUUCUAGGCCAAGCCUUGUCAUAUUCGGCCUGAUUUCAAGAGUGUUUCCUUCUCAAUACUUUAUUGGAAAAGGUUGGCUUUCUUUCGUAUACAAGGAGAACGUUUUCACUGAAAGAUCCCUCUGAUUUCAAAGUAGCCCUUUUGUAACAUAAGCAGUUUCAGAAAGACCCUUUACCUCUCCUUUACCUCUGUUCCCUCACUGCCUGCCUCUAUGUACGCGUAGCCAUUGAAUCCCAAAGUUGGAGCUCCUGUGCCUAUGCUCACAAGCAACCCUGGGGACUAAUUGUGAGCCGGUAUCAGUAGUCAUCGGCCCAGCAGCUGCCCAUCCCUCAACCAAGGGGCACAAUGGGCUAGGGGGAGGGACCCACCCAACCCUUGGAAACCAGCAUUAAAUCACACAACAGAGUGACUACCCUCAGGAAACAAAAUGGAGGCACAGGCCUAAAGUGCUUUUCCUGCCAUCCACCCAUUUCCCAGGAUAAAUAAGAGCAAAAUCUCAGUACGUCUUAUUGGCCCAAGUGUCUGUAUUCUUCACUCUUCGGAACUGCUCAUGGCUGUACCUGGGGAAGAUGGCAGAGCUAGAGAGGGGCAUCAGCUACCACAGGCUGAUAGGCUCUCCCCGGGCCUCCCUCCUACCUAUGAGGAUCGAAGGCCCUGGUGACCAGGCCUUUUAUGUGCUCUGCUCAGGAUCACUGUCCCACUGUCCCAUGACCUCAAAGAACCAUCUCUACUUGCCAGAUUCUCCUUCACCACCCCAGGCAGAGUCUCUCCAUCUUUCCCACUGGGCCUCCAUUUGACCCGAGAAGGCCUGUGGGAGAAGUACACUUGAGGCCUCGUUUUCUCUCUGUUCUCCUAUUCAGCAGAGCUCUUGAGAUGGGUCCUUCAGCUUACAAUGGGCUCGGGUGGGCAUUCAUGCUGAUCGGCAGCAUGAUGAGCCCCUUAGAGCCAGUGAGUUUAAAACUUCCCAGUCAUUGGAAGCAAGGGGAAAAUGUUCCCCAGAUGUGUAUGCUCAAUGACUUUAUUUGAUCUGGAAAGUGUUGCUUUUUUUCUCUCCCUUUCACCAGUCCCAGGCUUGAAGUAGGACCAAGAGUCUUUGUCAGUUAGUGAGCGUUGGUAGCCAAAGUCAGGCCACCCAGUGCAAACUGCAUUUAGUGAGCCUGCAUGGCCUUAUCAAAACUAGAUUAUUUAAGCCUACAAAAGCCUUGUUAAGCAGAUUCCUCAUCUGAACUGAUCUCAAUUUCACUGUCUCUUCAGGCUGAGGCCCUAUCAUCUCUACUCAGCCUUCCUUUACUUGGGUCUUUUUUGCUCUUUGGAAAAAAGAAUGGAACCUACCAAUACCAUAUCCUUAAUUCGAGGUCAAGAUUAACUAGGUUUAGGCAUUCAACUGAAAGGUUGAAAAAAUACUGCCAAUUACAAUGUCCUUUUAAAAUUUACCCCUGUGAGAGUAACUGAGUCCAUUUCAUCCCAUUUCAAGAAGUGUUUGGAGUUUCUUUUGGUGUGGCAGAAGGGGUAGAAGCUGAGAGCCCUCAGCCAUUUUCUCAAUUAAAUUUAAGUUUCCAGAACUUUCUUUUCCUUGCCCCAGGUGUCAUGAGUACCUUAAGUACAUCCCCCCUUGGAUCAGCCAUAACGACACUCUCCCGUUUGGACGCCGGUGUCUUUACAGCUCUCCAGAGUAAGAGGGUGCCAGAAGGACCAAGAAAAGGAUUAUGAUUUCUUUAAGAAGCUUGUUUGCCUUUAGAAGAAUCAUAAGUGAGAUUUAAGCUGAGGUCUUUUGGGGUGAGUCUAUCACAUGCCACAGAUUGGAGUUUAAUUGCUUCUUUACCUCCCCUGCAUGAGCAAUUUGGAAGAGCCAAGAUGAAUUUUCAGCAGAGCAUCAAUCAACGUAUUUUUCAUAUGCUACAUUCCCCCACCAGUUGCCUUUCUGUAUCCUGUGGGCAUUUCCUGUGUGUCAGGGCAGUAGGAUGUGAAUUUGUGUCUAAUCCAGUAUCUUCCUUAUGAAUUGAACAGUGUAUGUUAACAUCUUACUCUGUCUUGGAGAUACAUAUGUGGAGAUACAUAUAUAUAUGAAAAGGUUCUUGUAGGACCUCGAGGCUGUUGUAGAGCCUGGACGCUUGACCUAACUGCAGAUAUCGUAUGGAAAGAGGAGCAGACACAGAGGGGUCAGGCUUUCUUCCUGAUAAAGUACUCCCAAAGUGACUGCCUCCAGCAGCUUCCUCAAAGCAAGACUGGAUACGUAUUAGGAGAGCUGCACAUAAGGCCACAACAUUGCCUACCCUGCUACCCACUAUUCUGUGAGAGAAAAAACAACCAGUGUUUGCAAAAUGGGAAAAGGCAAAGUAUGUCCACCAAAGCUCCCUACAAGGGCCCAAAGUGCCUGAUUUAGGAAACUAAGGUUAAUCAAGGAAAAGCUUUUGCUGACAGUCAUCCUUCCUGGAGGCACACUUGUGUUCAUCCAAACAGACCCCAUGGUGGGGACUUCUCUAGAAAACCCCAAACGUCACAGGGAAGGAGGGGCCCUCUCCUUCAGAGCUGCCCUUGGCACUUGGCCCAGCUCCCAGCACCUGGCUCCUACGAGAGAUUUGCUAGCCAGAGACUCUGGGAAGCAAUAGGCCUAAAGGAGAGAGUCGGAUGAAGUCUGCGGUCAUUAAUGAGGUGGAGAGGCUACAGCAGACUCCUCCCAGCUCGUGCUUUAGCCUCACCUCAGUGCAUAUUGUUUCUAAUGGGCAACUGUUCAUAUACGUGAGAGAUUUUAAGUUAAUCAGUUAGCUCCAUGGCUAUUCUCCUCAUGUGGUUGUGGUAUCGAAUCAUCCCUUCGACACCCCUCCUCAGAUCUGUGAGACGUAGCUUGGAAGCAAGAGCAGCACCACAAGUUAUCAAAAUGUUGUUUUCCUCAGUAUGUGUUAAACAUCAGGAGCGUGGGUCAGCUCAGAGAGAGGAAACAGUUUGCCACAAACUGUUAGGUUUUCCUGGUUGACUCCAACCCACUCCCAUCACGUGGACCCCAAGUCUCCUCUAGGCUGUGUGGUUACUGGAAAGGAAGUUUCAAUGUACGUGCACCCCUGAGUCCCUUCCACGUGCCUGUCACCCAAAUUGUUCAGCAAGGAAGAGCUAUCACAGCACUCGGACACAGGAAAAAUGGUCCUGUCUAGGUAGCUUUAGGUGCUAAGAGAUGCUGGGGAGGGCUUGUGUGCCUGAAAUGCCCAGUUUUGAGAUCAGACUCGUGGAUCCAAUUAACAGCCAGAGACUCUAUCCUGCCCCUUUUUCCCCAGGUCAAUCUGGCACCUCCCCCUGAUCAAGGGGACUGCAGGUAUCCCUCAGAGGAGGAGGUGGCAAGACCACAGUCCUCACUCAACCAGCUCCGAGCCCUGUGCGCCAUCUUGUUCAAUGCUUAUGAUAUUUGUACUUUUAAAAAAUCAUUUCAGGGGGGCGCUUGGGUGGCUCAGUCGGUUAAGCAUCCGACUCUUGAUUUCGACUCAGGUCACGAUCUCACAGUUCGGGAGUUCAAGCUCCAUGUCAGGCUCCGCGCCGACGGGGCGGAGCCUGCUUGGGAUUCUCUCUGUGCUUCUCCCCCGCUCGCUCGCUCUCUCUCUAAAAAUAAAUAAACUUUAAAAAAAUAAUAAAAAUACAAAACCAUUUCAGUAUAUAAGUGUCUCUUGUAAGCCACCUUUAAUUCUUUGUGGAACGAGGACAGGGAAACAUGUACACGUGCCUAAGUGUUCAGCAUGUUAUCUUGUGCACCGAUAACGAACAUGAGGCCAGACUGACCCUAACUGAGGCCAUCGGCCAGUAAAGAAUAGAAUUCCAACUCAGAAUCUGGGGGUGGGAGGGCCAUUACUCCCUUCUCCCCCCUCUGUCUUCCGGUCAAACCCGAGUAGUAACGAGUCCUCCUCCUACUCCUCAAUCUGCCCCCUCCGCCUUCUCUGCUGACACGUCUCUAGGACAACAGUCUCUGUGUUGGGCUCCCUGCUAGAUGGCCUGGACUCAUCCUUGAAAGAGUGACUUAACCCUCUUUGCCUCGCUCUUAUCUUUAAAUGGGGAUUGUGACAGAGGCUACCUCGGAAUUGUCGUGAAGGUGCAGCGAGUAUGUCGAGCACUCAGCACAGGUAAAUAAGCACUCCUAAGGGUUACCUGUUAACUUUUCUCCGUGAAGUGACCAGGGUCAUCUUGCCAUGUCACGCCCUGGCUUAAAGCGUUGGAAAGUUCCAGUACUUCAUUUCCUAUUGCGCUUAAGAGGGAGCGUGGCCUUCUGAGCAUUAAUGCACAAGGCUCUUCAUGGUUUGGCCCCUUCGUUUCCCUGCUGUUUCUUUGUCUUGACUUCUGUGCUCCAACCACUGUGAACUUCCUUAGUUACUGAAGGCAGCGUGAUAUCCUUCUCGUGAGC